ACUUCCCCAAAACUUGUGGGAACUCCGGACCGCGCGGGCAGCAGCAGCGGAGCGCAGCGCAGCGGCGGCAGCUGCCGGGAGAUGCGAGCGCAGACCGGAUUGUGAUCACCUUUCCCUCUUCGGGCUGUAAGAGAGCGAGACAAGCCACCGAAGCGAGGCCACUCCAGAGCCGGCAGCGGAGGGACCCGGGACACUAGAGCAGCUCCGAGCCACUCCAGACCGAGCGGACGCUCCAGGUGAUCGAGUCCACGCCGCUCCCUGCAGGCGACAGGCGACGCCUCCCGAGCAGCCCGGCCACUGGCUCUUCCCCUCCUGGGACAAACUUUUCUGCAAGCCCUUGGACCAAACUUGUCGCGCGUCUCCGUCACCCAACCGGGUCCGCGUAGAGCGCUCAUCUUCGGCGAGAUGUCUGAGCGCAAAGAAGGCAGAGGCAAGGGGAAGGGCAAGAAGAAGGACCGGGGAUCCCGCGGGAAGCCCGGUCCGGCCGAGGGCGACCCGAGCCCAGCACUGCCUCCCAGAUUGAAAGAGAUGAAGAGCCAGGAGUCAGCUGCAGGCUCCAAGCUUGUGCUCCGGUGCGAAACCAGCUCCGAGUACUCCUCACUCAGAUUCAAAUGGUUCAAGAACGGGAACGAGCUGAACCGCAGAAAUAAACCGGAAAACAUCAAGAUACAGAAGAAGCCGGGGAAGUCAGAGCUUCGAAUUAACAAAGCAUCCCUGGCUGACUCUGGAGAGUAUAUGUGCAAAGUGAUCAGCAAGUUAGGAAAUGACAGUGCCUCUGCCAACAUCACCAUUGUUGAGUCAAACGAGUUCAUCACUGGUAUGCCAGCCUCAACUGAGACAGCCUAUGUGUCCUCAGAGUCUCCCAUUAGAAUCUCAGUUUCAACAGAAGGCGCAAACACUUCUUCAUCCACAUCGACAUCCACGACUGGGACCAGCCAUCUCAUAAAGUGUGCGGAGAAGGAGAAAACUUUCUGCGUGAAUGGGGGCGAGUGCUUCAUGGUGAAGGACCUGUCAAACCCGUCAAGAUACUUGUGCAAGUGCCAACCUGGAUUCACUGGAGCAAGAUGUACUGAGAAUGUGCCCAUGAAAGUCCAAACCCAAGAAAAAGCGGAGGAACUCUACCAGAAGAGGGUGCUGACAAUUACUGGCAUCUGUAUCGCCCUGCUGGUGGUCGGCAUCAUGUGUGUGGUGGCCUACUGCAAAACCAAGAAGCAGCGGCAGAAGCUCCAUGAUCGGCUUCGGCAGAGCCUUCGGUCAGAACGGAACAACAUGGUGAACAUAGCGAAUGGGCCUCACCACCCGAACCCGCCGCCAGAGAACGUGCAGCUGGUGAAUCAAUACGUAUCUAAAAACGUCAUCUCCAGUGAGCAUAUUGUCGAGAGAGAAGUGGAGACUUCCUUUUCCACCAGUCAUUACACUUCCACAGCCCAUCACUCCACGACUGUCACCCAGACUCCUAGUCACAGCUGGAGUAAUGGGCACACGGAGAGCGUCAUUUCAGAAAGCAACUCCGUAAUCAUGAUGUCAUCGGUAGAGAACAGCAGGCACAGCAGUCCCGCCGGGGGCCCACGAGGACGUCUUCAUGGCCUGGGAGGCCCUCGUGAUAACAGCUUCCUCAGGCAUGCCAGAGAAACCCCUGACUCCUACAGAGACUCUCCUCAUAGCGAAAGACAUAACCUUAUAGCUGAGCUAAGGAGAAACAAGGCUUACAGAUCCAAAUGCAUGCAGAUCCAGCUGUCAGCAACUCAUCUUAGACCCUCUUCCAUUUCCCAUUUGGGCUUCAUUCUCUAAGACCCCUUGGCCUUUAGGAAGGUAUGUAUCAGCCAUGACCACCCCGGCUCGUAUGUCACCUGUAGAUUUCCACACGCCAAGCUCCCCUAAAUCGCCCCCUUCGGAAAUGUCUCCACCCGUGUCCAGCAUGACGGUGUCCAUGCCCUCUGUGGCAGUCAGCCCCUUUGUGGAAGAAGAGAGGCCUCUGCUACUCGUGACGCCACCAAGGCUACGGGAGAAGAAAUAUGAUCAUCACCCCCAGCAACUCAACUCCUUUCAUCACAACCCUGCACAUCAGAGUGCCAGCCUGCCCCCUAGCCCAUUGAGGAUAGUGGAGGAUGAGGAGUACGAGACGACCCAGGAGUAUGAGUCAGUUCAAGAGCCCGUUAAGAAAGUCACCAAUAGCCGGCGGGCCAAAAGAACCAAGCCCAAUGGCCACAUUGCCAAUAGGUUGGAAAUGGACAGCAACGCAAGUUCUGUGAGCAGUAACUCAGAAAGUGAGACAGAAGACGAAAGAGUAGGUGAAGAUACGCCAUUCCUGGGCAUACAGAACCCCCUGGCAGCCAGCCUUGAGGCGGCCCCUGCCUUCCGUCUGGCUGAGAGCAGGACUAACCCAGCAGGCCGCUUCUCCACACAGGAGGAAUUACAGGCCAGGCUGUCUAGUGUAAUCGCUAACCAAGACCCUAUUGCUGUAUAAAACCUAAAUAAACACAUAGAUUCACCUGUAAAA